AUGUCAUCAUCGCCUGUCUUCCACCUCGGCCCUCUGAAAAUUAAGCCCCGACCUUCCUCCCUCCCCUCUGACCUUUCCAUUCCCCCACCAACCAACAGCACCCUGCUCGGACUUGUGAAAAGCCAUGACAGAGCCAUGACUCGCAGCAGCAGCGGCAGUCGGGGCGUCCUCCCUUCUGCUCCCUCCCUGGCAUCUCCUUGUACUCCCUCUGCCCUCCCUUCCUUAUUCCAUAUGUUCAUCCCCAUACCCAGCAUCCACCGCCACUCCAUUCAUCUCAUCGUGCCACGCCCUUCAUCCCAUCAUGCUAUGCCCCUUCCUACAUCACCCCAUGCACGAGCCGAGUGUCUCCCCCCCACCCGCAUCCUCCGCCUCUGCCCGCCUUCACCUUCCCCUUUGCUCCCCCACCAUCUCACAACCCCUCUCCCGUCCCCUCCUCUCCGCCUGCAGCCCACCAUACGGCAGCGCGCAGCAGCAUCACAGGCUCGCCGCAGACUGCUGGCGCGGCUGGACGCGCAGCUGCAGCACUUCACUGUGGGGUGGGGCGGUGUUGGAUGUCGUGGGGCGGAGUGGGGUGGGGCGGGACAUGGUGGGGUGGGGUGGGGUAGGAUGGGGAGUGGUGGCCAAUGA